ACAUUGUUUAUAGGCUGCUACAUCCGGUUGGGUCACAGCUUUGUUUUCCAUCUGAUCCGGAGUCGUUCCUACUAAUAAACACGAUAUUUCUUUUGUCUCCGUCGCUUUGUAUUAAUUCAAACUUCACCGCGCGUGCCGAGUAAAGUGUUCCGGAGACCUUUACUUUGAAAGGUCCUCCUGGAAACCACGUUUAGCUGUUGUUGUUCUCCGUUAGCUCGACACGUUAGCUCGCUGCUUCGCAAACAGCGAUGAGCGCCGACUGUUGACUAAAACGACCCGAGGCUGUGCGUCCCGCUAUGAAGCGUCGAUCCACCGUAACGGUCUUGGGGGCCGAAGAGGAAGCCGCCACCCUGCCGGAGCACGACUAUGCCCACUCCGUGGCCAAUGAAUCCGCUUCCCCGGAGGUUGCACCGGCCGCCAACGAAGUUGAAAAGGCCGUGGGUGCGGAGGUCGACUGCCCCGCGUUGACCCCCGCUACCCGAGCGGGCCGCCGGCGUCUCAACCCGCCGGAGGACGAGUCCUGCGCCUCCUGCAUGAUCGCGUUCGAGCGGCACGGCCGCAGCUUCAACCGGAGGGCGGUGUUCACCUUCACCACCCCGGAGACGGUGCACUGGGUUUUUCAGGGCUCCGAGGUGCACGACAAGUCGUUCAUGUGCGAGACCUGCGCUAAGGUCCUCCGGGGCAAAUGCAGACGCAAACAGACCGGGAAGCGGUCUCUGUGGCUGCAAGCGCCUGCGCCCACACAGUCGCAGAUGGGAGACAAGAAGAAAGUCUUCCGGAUGGGGAAGAAGAGCAAAGCCGCGCAGCUGGUGAGCAAGUCCUGCUACAAGGCCGCCUUCAAAAUGCUCUGGUCCGCUAAAGGCGCCCGGAGGCCCAUGCUGGAGUUCUGGAGCAAACAGUUGAAAGUCGAGAUGAAGGCGCUGACGCGACAGGCGGACAAUCCCUUCCACCAGAAGGUGUCGAGCAGGAAGCCGCUGUCGUCCUUCCCCUGGCGCCGCUGUCUGAACUGGGUCCAGGACAAGGCGCCGCUCGUCAGCACCUGCCUCACCUCGCUGUUCCCCGACAUCAACGCUAUUGCCAAGAGCAGCCACCAGAUAUCGGAGGAUCAGGCCCAGACGCUGCUGAUGCGCCGGGCCGUGGUGGCGCUCUCCAUCCCGCUCUUCACCAGGAACAUCUGGAGGAACAACUUCCUGCAGGCCGCUCUGGGGGCGGAGCUCCGCCUCCAGGGCUGCUCCGGCUCCGCCCUGGACGCCCUCAACACCAUGGGGCUGUGCCAGAACAAAGACACCGUCAGGUUGCUGCUGCACCGGCUCCGAAGCGGCAAGAGGACUUCGACACUGAACGGACAACAGAGCCAGAUGAUAGGUGUGGAAGGAGAUAUCGAGGAGGGGGAAGAGGAGGAGGAGGAUGAAGAAGAAGAAGAAGAAGAGGAGGUAGAUGAUGAUGAUGAUGAGGAGGAGGAGGAGCAGGAAGCAGAGCAAAAAGACAAUGAGGAGGAGGAGGAGGAGGAGGAACAAGAAGAAGAAAACAAUGAAAUGGAGAUGGCGCGGGUGGAGGAGGUGGAAGAGGAAGAAGUGCAGGACGGAUUGCAGAACGAGGAAGAGGAGGAUCAAGAGGUGAAGGAAAAGUUAGAGAUGGAACAGAAGAGGAGGGAGAAGAAGAAGGCAAAGAAGGAGAAGAGAAAGGAGAGGGGGAAACAGAAGUUGGAGGAGGAAGAAGAAGACCAUGAGAUGGCGGUGGAGGAGUUGGAAGUGAAAGCAGAAGAAGUGCCGGACGGAUUGCAGGAAGAUGAGGAUCAAGCCGUGAAGGAAGAGUUGGAGAUAGAAGAGAGGAAGAAGAAGAAGAAGAAGAAAAAGAAGGAGAAGAGGAAGGAGAGAGGGAACCGGAGGGUGGAGGGAGAGGAGGAUGAAGAGCCCGAGCAGAAGAAGAGCAAGGUUGUGGUGGUGAGGCUCGGCCUUCUGAAGGGCCACUCAGAAGUCGGGCGGUCCGACCUAUCGGCUCCCUAAAGACUUCAUAGACUCAACGGGCCCCGCGUCCAAUCAGAGAGCAGGACAGAGGUCCCGCCCUCCUCUAUGGGAGACACUGAAAGGGAUUCUGGGAAUAGUAGGAGGGCCGUAACUGGAGGAAAACUAUUGAGAGCUUUACUUUAAAUGUUCCUUUUUGUUGUUAAAUGUUAAAAAGGUCCCAUAAUGUCUGAGUAAUGUACUCGAGAUGAACUGGCGUAUUGUUUUCAGCUCUUAGGGAGGUUUCUGGGCAGAAGUAUUGAUUCCAAUACCAGUACUGAAAUAAAUCGAGACGUUUGCCGUGAACAGUGUCACACAAACAAUUUUCAUAGCAAAUUUCUUCUGCCAACAGUUAAACUAGCAGGAGUCAACUUGUCUUCUCACGGGCUUCUGCACGCCCGUAUCGUCGGCACCGACUUGUUUUAUGGUCCGAGAGGAAAAAACCCAAACUCCACUUCGGGUGAAUCGUACACGUAGAAAGUAUGAAAAAAAUGUUGGUUUCAGGAAGGUUGAGCGACCCCAGAAUUAUGACUUUUGUUGUUCUUUUCUUUUUAAAAAAAAAAAUUGUUUCCUUGUUUGUCGGCCGCAUCGAGGCUCCAAUGACGCCGCGUCUGCUGUUUGAUCACAGGCAAUAGAAAUACUAUAAAACACGUACAAUAUCACACUAAAACUGUACUUAAAAAACAUUUUUUUUUUAAAACUUCUUUGACCGACAACGGGCUUCUGUGCCCUUUUCCGUUUUUCAUAAACAAGGAGAUUAUUAAUCUAAUUUAGUCGUUAGAACCUGAAUGAUAUUUAAAGGUCUUUGUACAGCUGGUACUCAUAAAUCUACCAUUGAUUCAUUAAUGAACUUUUUCCCCCCGUAGAAUUACAAAAAAACUGCUAAUUACAAUGACAAUGACUGCGUUCAGCUGGUGCACUUCCAUUAAUGGCAAAAAUUGUCAAUAUUUAAAAUGUGUCUGCAGAUGGAGAACAACCUCUCCUUAAUUAUUACUGGACUACACAGUUCUUCCCGGGACAUGAGGAUAUUAAGGGGCCCAUAAAACAAGUGUUUAUUUUUGUUUAUCCUUUUUCAAUUGUUUGUAAGACUUCGGCUGAACUUUUUCUCUCAUGAUGAAAUGAGGCGCUGUAUUAUUAUCAUUAUUAUUAAAGUUUGAUUUGUAACGCUAGUUUUUUGUCCUUCAGUAAAUGUUUUUAUUUUCUUUGUGUUUUUGUGGAUCUGAUGUUCAGCCAGCUGAUGGUUCUGUAAACGUUUGACAAUAUAAAUGUUGAAGGCUUCCCCUCA